UUCGCCCGGUCGUCUCCGCUAGCGGCGCGCCCGUCACCGCCGGAGGAGGCUGCCGCCUUGGUCCCUGAAGCCGUGGAGGAGGCCAGUGGAGGCCGCUCGCGGGCCAGCGCCGCCCUCGCUCGGGUGCCGUCGCUCGCCCCGGCCCGUGGCGCCCGCUCUGGGACAAGGAGGCGGCGGUUGGAAAAGAGACGCCCCGUGCGCCAGACGCAGCGGUAGAGCCCUGCUCAUUGGGCCAGCCACUCCUGACCUAGCAGCCGAAGGCCAGCUGGUGCUCGGGGUUCCCGGGAUGCAGUUGUAGGGGCCAGCGUGGGCUCCGCCUUCAGGGAGCUUUCCGUUUAAUGGGAGUCACGUAGUCAUUAAAUCUGACCAGUUCGCUCUACCUGUUUGUAACCCACCGGCUGCGGCCGGUUGCCUUUCGGUCGAAGACUAACGCCCUGCAUGGCGUCCUCUUAUGCGACUUGUAUCCGCUCGUUUUGCAGCACAUUCUCCUCGGCUCUGCUACGGCCUUCCUGGCCAUUCACCUCCAGAACAUGGUUUUUUGUUUUUUGUUUUUUGUUUUUUAACCUAGUUAAUUCCUAUCCCUAAAUGUACCCAUCUAGGAUAGAUUCCCCGGGCAGUAAUCACAAUUAUCUUAUUUAUGAGAUUCUUUGAUUAAUGUGUGCCUUUCCUUCAGACUGAGCUCCAUGACAAAAUGGGUUACACCCUUUUCCCCUGUCUCCACUAUAUCUCACACUUGGCCUGGAAUGAAUGAAGUCUACCAUAAAUGUUGAGUGAAGAAAGCACAAAUAAAUGCAAGAGUAUAAUCUCAAUCUGGGAGACGUGGUAUACAGGAAAGUGAACAAAGUAUGAGUGGAGUGUUUAACAUGGGGAGCUGACUUGGUUUGUAGAGGAUGUGAAGGAUGACCUGGCAUUACCUGCGGGAAGGGUCAGGCUGCUGGAGAGUAUCCUAGGCAGAGAGUAUCCGUUAAAAAGAUCCUAAGGUUGGAGCAGAGUAGUUCAUACAGAGACAACAGCAGGUAUAAAGAUCCCGAGUUAGCAUCGUAGAGGGAACGGAAAGAAGGCCAGAAUGGCUAAAUCAAGAAGGGUGGCAUAAUGUAAGGCCAGCAGGAAAUUACAGCAUGCAAUGAAGUUAGGGAACAUGCUGGUUUUGGGGCAGAAUAUGACCGCUUAGCAAGAAUACAGUGUCUGUAGGGGGUACAACUAAAAUAAUAACCCAUUUUGGCAUGUUGAGGUGGCCUUUCAGGGUCCUUUGCUAAUGAGUUUUGGUAAUCACUGGGUCCCAGAAUGGAGUGAUGAGCAAAAAGAUGCCUGCCCCAAGGUCCAAGAAAAGGAAGACUUCCCCUUUGAUUCUUUUUCUGAAUUUUCUCGGUGACUCUAUCCUUCUAUAUUAACUUCAGAAUCACUUUAUCAGGUUUUAAAAGAAAUCCUGUUGGGAUUAUGAUUGGAAGUGAUUUAAUGUAGUUACUGAACAUGGCCUUUGGAAUUCUGACAGAUCUGGUUUGGAAUCCAAAUUCAUUCAUCCACUACCUUGUGACCUUGGUAGAGAGAAUUAUUCUCUUAGCCUUGUUUUCUCAUUUGGGGAGAAGAAAAUUCAGAGGAUUAUAGUGAAGACUGAAUGAAGGGGUGUGUAUUUUACAUCCCAAAACUUAUUUUUUUAACUUGUUAUGUUUCUCAGUAAAAGUUUAUUUUUAAAAAAUAAAGGUCUGGGUUUCCUUUUCCUCUUGUUAGGUUUUGCUUUAGUUUGUUUGCUUACUUGUUUGUUUCUUUGGGGUUUUUUGUUUGUUUGUUUGUUUGUUUGUUUUUUGCUUGUGUGUACUCCUAUUCCCCCUGUACUGAUGUCUUAUGCAGGACAGGCAGCAUUGCUCUGGUGCCUGAGGGCAAGUUACUUACUCUUUCAAAAUCUGUUUCCUCAGCAUUCAAACUUCAUUGUAUAGUGUGGAUUGAAAGAAGAAAUAUAUGCCACUUACCCAGUGGGCAUUCAGUAAAUGAUGCCUCUGCCCUUCACUGAGAGGGAGCCCAGGUGAUGGCAGCCAUGCCCCUGAACUCCUGGCACCAGGAGUUGGUGACCUUUGAGGACGUGGCUAUCUACUUCACUGGGACAGAAUGGACUGGUCUUUCUCCUGGACAGAAGGCCCUGUACAGAAGUGUGAUGCUGGAGAAUUAUGGGAACUUGACAUCCCUGGGAUAUCAAGUUCCCAGACCUGCCCUGAUCUCGCUUCUGGAGGCAGGGAAUUUGCCAUGGGGCCUGGAGGCACAGGAUAACCUAUCUGCAGAGAGGACCAAAGACAUCUGUGAAGAUACUGAGACCAACAUUAACAGUGAGUCCACAUCAACACAGGGAAUUUCUGAAGAAAGAGAUGUCAUGUUGUCACAUGGUUUGCAGAAGAGUGUUCUUCAGGGAACCAACUUGCUAGAAACCAGUGAACUGGAGAAACACCAGGAAAUCUCCACAGUAAAAAAUAUUAAAGGAAAGGCUCCAAGAAUCCACUGUGCAAGGAAACCCUUCAUAUGUGAGGAGUGUGGGAAAUGCUUCAGUUAUUUUUCUUACUUUGUUAGACACCAGAGAAUUCACACCGGGGAGAAACCCUUUGAGUGUAAUGAGUGUGGAAAAGCCUUUAAUGGCAAUUCUUCAUUAAUCCGGCACCAGAGAAUCCACACUGGAGAGAAACCCUAUCAGUGUGAAGAAUGUGGAAGAGCCUUUAAUGAUAAUGCAAAUCUGAUCAGGCAUCAGAGAAUCCACAGUGGAGACAGACCCUAUCUCUGUGGAGAGUGUGGAAAUAGUUUUACCAGUAGUUCUGAGUUUGUUAUACAUCAGAGAAUCCACACUGGGGAGAAACCUUAUGAGUGUAAUGAGUGUGGAAAAGCUUUUGUUGGUAAUUCACCACUGCUUCGACAUCAAAAAAUCCACACUGGAGAGAAACCCUAUGAAUGUAAUGAAUGUGGCAAAAGCUUUGGAAGGACUUCUCAUCUUAGCCAACAUCAACGUAUUCACACAGGGGAAAAGCCUUAUUCUUGUAAAAUAUGUGGGCAGGCCUUCAAUUUUCAUACGAAACUAACUCGGCACCAGAGAGUCCACAGUAUAGAGAAACGCUUUGACUGUGUAGAUUGUGGAAAAGGCUUUAGUGCUCAGGAACAAUUAAAAAGGCAUCUAAGGAUCCAUAUUCAGGAGUCUUCCUCUUUAUGUGCUGAGUGUGGAAAAGUCUUCACUAGCAAAAGAAAUCUUCUUCAGCAUCAAAGAAUCCAUACUGGCCAGAAACCCUAUGAGUGUGUCAAGUAUGAAAAAACCUUUAGGACUUCUUCCAAGCUAGGUCAUCAUGAACAUGUCUACCCCGGAGAGAAACCUCCCUAUCAGUGUAAGGAGUGUGGCAAAGCCUUUAGCGUUAAUGCAAAAUUAAUUUGGCAUCAAAGACUUCAUAGCGGGGAGAAGCCCUUCAAAUGUGUGGAGUGUGGGAAAAGCUUCAGUUACAGUUCCCAUUAUAUCACACAUCAGACCACCCACAGCGGGGAGAAGCCCUAUCAGUGUAAGGUGUGUGGGAAAGCCUUCAGCGUUAAUGGGAGUCUGAACAGGCAUCAGAGAAUCCAUACAGGGGAGAAGCCCUAUCAGUGCAAGGAGUGUGGAAACGGCUUCAGCUGCAGUUCCGCAUAUAUCACACAUCAGAGAGUCCACACUGGGGAGAAGCCUUACGAGUGCACGGACUGUGGGAAAGCUUUCAAUGUUAAUGCCAAAUUAAUUCAACAUCAGAGAAUCCACACUGGAGAGAAACCUUAUGAAUGUAAUGAGUGUGGGAAAGGCUUCAGGUGCAGUUCCCAGCUUCGGCAGCAUCAGAGCAUCCACACUGGGGAGAAGCCUUAUCAGUGUAAGGAGUGUGGAAAAGCCUUCAGUAAUAAUGCAAAACUCAUUCAGCAUCAAAGAAUCCACACAGGUGAGAAACCCUAUGAGUGUACUGAAUGUGGAAAAGCCUUUAGUGUCAAAGGGAAGUUAAUCCAGCACCAGAGAAUCCACACGGGUGAGAAACCCUAUGGUUGUAAUGAGUGUGGGAAAGCCUUCAGGUGUAACUCUCAGCUGCGGCAGCAUCUGAGAAUCCACACCGGGGAGAAGCCUUAUGAGUGUAAUGAGUGUGGAAAGGCCUUCAACGUUAAUGCAAAACUAAUGCAACAUCAGAGGAUUCACACUGGGGAGAAACCCUUUGAAUGUAAUGAGUGUGGGAAAUGCUUUACUUCUAAAAGAAACCUACUUGAUCAUCAUCGAAUCCAUACUGGAGAAAAGCCUUACCAAUGUAAGGAAUGUGGGAAAGCCUUCACUAUCAAUGCCAAACUAACUAGGCAUCAGAGAAUACACACUGGGGAGAAACCUUUCAAAUGUAUGGAAUGUGAAAAAGCAUUCAGCUGUAGUUCUGACUAUAUUGUACAUCAGAGGAUCCAUACUGGAGAGAAACCCUUUCAAUGUAAGGAGUGUGGAAAAGCCUUCCAUGUUAAUGCCCAUUUAAUUCGGCAUCAGAGAAGCCACACUGGGGAGAAACCCUUUAGAUGUGUGGAGUGUGGAAAAGGGUUCAGCUAUAGUUCUGAUUGUAUAAUACAUCAGACUGUCCAUACUUGGAAGAAACCCUUCGUGUGUAAUGUGUGUGGGAAAGCCUUCAGGUUUAGCUUCCAACUUAGUCAGCAUCAAAGUGUCCAUGGUGAAGGCAAAUCUUAAUGAGGAGGACGUGGCAGAAAACUCUCAAGGUUAAUGAAAUGGAUCAAGUAUCAUCAGAUUCCCCCUGGGAGAAAACCCUGAGAGGGAAAUGAAUGGGGCAUCUUCACAUGGAAACAAAUCUUUUCCAUCUUUUAAAAUCAAGAAUGAGGACUGGUUAAAAAGUAACAUCCAAAAAUGAAUAGCUUGUUCUAUACCAACAACCAAUUAGAAAGUAUAAUGAAAGAAAGGAUCCCAUUCCCAACAGCAUCAAGAAAAGUGGAUUUUCUUGGGAUAAACUUAAUUAUUAUACACAGGUCUAUGGAGAAGUAAAUCUCCAGUAAGGGCCACAAAAGGAAAAAUUAAUGGGGGAGAGAGAGAAACCUUGUUCUUAGCCAGGAAAACUCAAGAUAUUCACUCUACCUAAAUUUACUUCCCUUUGACAACAAGCAUGUAUCACUUUUGUAAAGAGGAUGAACAAUAAAAAUUUCCUUAGAAAAGAUGAGUACAUUUUGUAUUUUCAUGGAAUGGAGAAAACCUUUCCUGAGCAC